AUCUUGUGGUCAGGGCACUUGGUCAGAAGACAGAAGAGCAGAAGGAAUCAACGAUCAAGAACAUUUACAGCAUUAAGACAAUGGCGCAGAGCAAAUCACAAGAUGAACAAUCUACAACAAAGAAGGAGAAAGCAAUCUACAAGGUCUUUAAUGACUCUGUUCAUGGCCACAUUGAGAUGCACCCUCUGCUGGUGAAGAUAAUAGACACUCCUGAGUUUCAGCGCUUGAAGAACAUCAAACAACUUGGAGGAGGCUAUUAUGUCUAUCCUGGAGCGUCUCACAAUCGCUUUGAGCAUUCCUUAGGUGUGGCUCAUCUGGCAGGGAAGCUUCUACAGAGUCUGAAAAAGAAUCUGCCAGAGGGAUUAGAGAUAACACCCAAUGAUGAACUCUGUGUUCAGAUUGCUGCACUGUGUCAUGACCUGGGACACGGGCCGUUCUCUCAUGCAUUCGACAUAUUCAUGAAGGACUUUGACUCAAGUUGGAAGCAUGAAGAUGUAUCAGUCAAGAUGUUUAAACAUCUUAUUGAAGAAAAUGGCAUUAAAGAAAUCAUGGGAAAAGAAAAUGAAAAUUGGGACGCAUUUUCUGAAGAGGAUUUCAUGUUCAUCACAGAGCUUAUUCAAGGGCCGAGUAAUUCUGCUUCUGAGUGGCCAUAUAAAGGAAGGGAGAAGAAGAAGGCUUUCUUGUAUGACAUUGUGGCCAAUCACAGAAACGGAAUUGACGUUGACAAAAUGGACUAUUUCACCAGAGACUGCCACCACCUGGGCAUGAAAUGUAACUUCUCUCAUGAACGUUUUAUAACGUUUGCACGAGUUUGUGAAGAAAAUGGAGAAACACAGAUCUGCAUGAGAGACAAGGAAGCGAUGAACAUGUACGAGCUCUUUCAUGUUCGCAACCUCCUUCACCACAAUGCCUGCCAGCACAGGGUCGUAAAGGCAGUCGAACUUAUGAUAAUGGAUGCUCUCAAAGAAGCCAAUGAUCACUUCGAGUUCAAAAAAGCAGCAAUGGAUCCUAAAAGAUUUGUGGAUCUCACAGAUGACAUUCUUCAGAAAAUUCUGCACACUCCAGAAAAAAGCACAAAAGUUGAAAAAGCCCAGAAAAUCAUUAAAAGAUUAUUAAAACGUGACUUGUACAAGUUCCUUGGUGCAAAAACAUUUCAGCCUCAGGAGCUGAAACACUUAACCAGUGAUGAAGAGAGGAAGAAAGUGCUGAAGACCUGGCUAGGAAAGAUCCAGACACCAGAAGUUGGUUCUCAGAGACUCAAGCUCGAGUACUUUAAGGAGGUGCAAAUCAAAUUUAAUUACGGGAUGAAGGACAAGAAUCCAAUUGAUUCUCUCAGAUUCUACAGGAAAUACGAUCCAAACACACCAAUAAAACUCUCCAAACAUGAGGUCUCGCACCUCCUUCCUGAGAAAUUUGCUGAAACCAAAGUCAUGCUUUUCUACAAGGGUGAAGACAAAGAUGUUGAGAAACUGGCCAAAAGGGAAAUCAAAUACUUCUGGAAUGACUUGGACAUCUUCUCCUCUGCCAUAAAGAACUCAAGGACCUACAUGGAUUUCACAGACUUUUCAAAACUGUUGGAGAAAAAGAUGGUGACCGCGCAGGAAAUCUGUGAAGUAUUUUCAAACCAGGGCUUCUACAGAUUCAUUGCGGAGGAAACAUUCAAGCCAAAACUGGAACUUGUGGACAACUCUGAGUUGCAGAAAGCUCUGGAGGCAUGGUUGGAAGAACUCGAGCAACAAGCUGGUCGUCAGAAGAUUGUUCAAAGUGCAAAGGAUUUUGAAUUGGUCCCGUACACACCUCCCGAAUCUGACUCCUCUAAUCUCUAUCUGAAGUACAAGGGACUGUUCAGAGAGGAUCUCGACAAAUUCUGGCAAAUUGUGGGCCUUGGACCCUCUGCUUCAGAUUACAGUUUCAGGGAAUUCCUAUGCUUAUACCUCGUAAUAGCAAAGGAAGUGACUGUGAGACUUUUAAGACAAGGCUACUUCCUCAUUGAUGAGAAAGCACUGGAGACUGAUAAACUGACACGUUUGGACGAUAGGAAAUGGACGACACUGCUGGAGAACUGGUUGAAAGACAUCCAGAAACAAGCGCAACGCCAGCAGUUCAGGUUUACUGCAAAUAACUUCAAAGUGGUAUCGUACCAUCUGCCUUGCCAAACUGAAAUCAGUAAAGUCAUGCUUUUCUACAAGGGACUCACUGAAGAUGAUGUCGAAAAAUUGUGGGAGCAAGUGCGAAAAGUGCGAGAAGCUCCACCUGCCAAAAAGGCAAAGCGCUCAUAAAAAAACUGAGAGGAAAUACAGAAAUAUACACAAUAUACAAAUAUAAAAAAUCUUACAAGAAAUCUCAAGGCUUGGGUUGUACAACUAUUUUUAUCUACCUUUAUUUCAUAUAAACAAUGACACAUUAUCGUAACAUUUACUUUACAUUUAAAUUACAAUUAAAUUUACUU